UGUUGAUACGUUCUCUGUUAGAUUUGGCUGUCAACCAAUGUGGAAUUGUUAGUAAUUUUCUUGAAAAGAAUAGAGUAAUCAUUAAACAGCAUAAACCCAAAAAGCAUUUGCCAGUUUAUUUAAACGACUCAUUUUCGUUUUACUAGUUUAAGAUUCAAACUAUUCUUCCAAAAUGGUAAUAGGAUUCUUUGUUCGAGCCGGCCUGGUAGUUGGUGCUGUAUAUUACUCAAAGAAAUCGGGUGUGUGGGGUACUCCGGAAGAAACGGAAAAAAUUUACAAUGACAUAAAGGAGACUCUUCGACCACACGCCAAAGAGCUGGAAAAGAAACUACCUUUUGAAAUACCCGCACUUCCACAGACCGGUGAGGCACGAUUCCUUGUGAAACACUACUACAAUGAAGGUGUGAAGAAAACGUUCCACUUUAUUGAAAUGUUGCCCUGUUACACUGGCCAGUUGCUGUAUAAAGCUAAAACAGAAUUUGAUAAAUUCGCUCAACCUCCAUCCCCAACCGCUGAAAAAUAAUCGAAAGCAAUGUGUUUAAGAGAAAUUUGUACGCAAAUGGAAAUAGUUUUAUAAAAAAGAUUCCGAUUCAAUAAAAAUAUGUAAUUAUCAAGUAAA